GUAAAUUGAAUUUGUUUGUGCUGUAGAAGCACACAGGGAACAAUGCGUGCCGCUCUCGCGCUCCUGCUCCUCUUGCCAGCGGUCGCGCUGGCCAGCAGCGGCCAGUAUGUUGGCUUCUCUGCUCCGCUUCUUGUGUGGGGCAGCAAGGGACAGGGAGCUCGCGUCUCCUAUGAGGUUGUGAGUAACGUGGAGGAGGUGGCGUCUGAGCUUGUGCUGAAUGCUCUGGGCAAGGAGGCUGGCAGCCACAAGCUGCAGGGCGUGGAGAGCAGCACCGUGGUUAUGUUUGUAGGGAACCAGCUGGACGCUGCGGACAUGCGUAGCCGCACGGAGGCUGUUGAUGCUCUGAGCGGGCUCAUCAACGCCGCGCCUGCGUCCCUGGUCAUGCCAUACUCUGUCAGCAAGGGUGCUCCCAUUCGCGAGAGCGUCUGCGGCAAGCUUGACACUGCUGGCGUGCAGCACGAGGUUGUGGCUUGCAAGGCGCCCUCGGAGGACCUAAAGGCGGAUGUGGCUGCCGCUCUGGCGAAGGGCAACGGCGCCAAGAAGCAUGUGGUGAUUGUCUGCUCCAACGUCGACGCUGCCCUGGAGGGCACCAACGCGGGCCUGGCCGCUGAGGUCGAGCAGCUGCAGCAGGUCCAGGCAGCCGUUGACGCCGCUGAAAUCGACAGUGUGGUUGUGUACGCCUCCCAGCCGGUCCCCCGCGCCGCAGACCUGGCUGCCCAGGCUGGCAAGCGCCGCAGCCUGCUGGCCACCUACACUGGCUUCGGGCCCUACACCAGCUGCGGCACGCUGUGCCAGACGCAAGUCCGGUGGCUGGAGGCGAUGCUGGCCAUCCUGUUCAUGGCCCUGGCGUCCUGCGCCGGCCUGCUUUGCCUGUACGUGCUGGACACGCCGACUCGCUUCGAGUCGGCCAAGGAGGUGGGCGCUGGGCCGCAGAACUAAGCGGCGCUGCUUAAUAUGACGCUGUCUGGUGUAAGGGAAUGGAGAGAAUUUGGCGGAUGCCACUGACCAAAGCUUGCGACUACUGCGACGAAAUGCGCUGCCUGACAUAUAAAGGUUUUAGGCGCUGAUUGGGACCUGGGUUUGGAUGAGCGCGGCUGAUAGCUAGGGGUAUGCUGUAUGGCUGCCUGCACGUACGGUAGCAUUGAUUUGUCGAUGGAACAGGCAGAAAGAUGCAACGCAACAUGCACAAGAGAGAUGUAGUAACUGAGAGGCAUCAUGCGCGAAUGCGGGUGUAUGUGUAACCGUUGACAUGU